UGAAGAGAACAAGAGAAGUGUUCAUUGUCUCCUUCAUUGCCCUGGCCUUUGGUGGAAGUUGCUUCACAUGUGCAGAACUAAUUGCAAUAGGUUGGAGCGGGCAGCGCAGCUGGUACGAGCGUGAGACUUUUGUUGGGCCGGCAUCCACUGACCAGAGUUGUGUUAUACAUUUGCGGGUCAGCAAUUAUGGGGGCUCCCGAAGACCAAAGCCAGCCUGAUGACGGCCCUCGGAAGAGGCCUUUGGAUGCGAUUGAAGAAGAGGGAGAGGAGGUCGAGGAGGAGGAAGAAAUGGUCGGGCCUGCUCUGCCACAACCAAAGAAGAGGAAAAAGCAGUUGGAAUUUGAGAAAGUGUACCUGGACGCUAUACCAUCUGCUGAAAUGUAUGAGAAGAGUUACAUGCACCGUGACAUCGUCACGGUCGUUGCGGUGUCCCCCGCAGACUUUUUUAUCACCGGAAGUGCAGAUGGUCACCUCAAGUUUUGGAAGAAGAAGCCCAUGGGAAUCGAAUUUGCCAAGCACUUCAGAGCGCACCUAGGACCUGUCACUGGCCUGGUGGUCAGCCCGGACGGCCUGCUCGCGGCGACCAUCUCCACGGACAAGUCUGCCAAGAUCUUUGACGUCGUCAGCUUUGACAUGAUGGCCAUGCUGCGGUUACCCUACACCCCUAGCGCUGUCGAGUGGGUGUUUAAGAAGGGGGAGGCGCAGGCCAGGCUGGCGGUCGCAGACGCGGACUUGGCGCAGGUGCACAUCUACGAUGCAAGGUCGGGGUCCAACGACCCCAUCAAGAGCAUGAAGGUUCAUAGUAGUCCAGUUCAGGUGAUGCGGUACAACGUGGCCCGCCAUGUCGUGAUUUCGGCGGACACAAAGGGGCUUCUGGAGUACUGGUCGCCAGACACGGGCGAUCUGCCAAGCAGCAGUGUCAGCUUCCGGUAUAAAACGGACACCGACCUGUAUGCGUUGGCCAAGGCGAAAACCACAGCCUCCUCUCUGGAGAUCUCGCCCGAUGGCCGACAGUUCGUGACGACCUCCCCUGACAAACGGAUACGAGUCUUCCGGUUCGAGACGGGCAAGCUACGACGAUCAUACGACGAAAGCAGAGAGGCUGCCGCCGAGCUGCAGCGCGGGGAUGCGGAGCUGUUCAAGCUGGACCCGAUCGACUUUGGGCGGCGGCUGGCCAUCGAGAAGGAGAUUGAAACCAGCCCCGAAGCGGUGCCGCCCAAUGCGGUCUUCGACGAGAGCAGCAACUUUGUCCUCUACCCCACUCUCUUAGGCAUUAAGGUGGUGAACCUGCAGACCAACCGGUGCGUGCGCAUCAUCGGCAAGGUCGAGAACACGGAGCGCUUCCUGCGCGUCGCGCUCUUCCAGGGCGGCGAGAAGAAGGGCAGCAAGGCAUACCGCGCCAACCUGUCCGCCAACUCGCAGAACCCCGCGCCCAUCACCAUUACCGCCCCGGACGGAACCGUUACCACCGCGCCCGACCCGAACCUGCUGGGCCGUGACGUCACCCUCCUCUGCUGCGCGUUCAAGAAGCACCGGCUGUACCUGUUCACCAAGAGGGAGCCCGAGGAGGCGGAUGACGUCAGCAAGGGGCGCGACGUCUUCAACGAGAAGCCGCCCGCCGAGGAGCUGCUUGCGCUCACCGACAGCGGGCGGGCCGCGGCGGGGCAGCUCUCCACGGGGGUGACUGUGCACACCAACUACGGCGACCUCCACCUGCGGCUGUACCCGGAGGAGUGCCCGCGCACCGUCGAGAACUUCGUGACGCACUGCAAGAACGGCUACUUCGACAACCUGAUCUUCCACCGGGUCAUCAAGGGCUUCAUGGUGCAGACGGGGGAUCCCCUUGGGGACGGCACGGGGGGGCAGUCCAUCUGGGGCGGGGAGUUCGAGGACGAAUUCCACAAGUCGCUGCGGCAUGAUCGGCCGUUCACCGUCUCGAUGGCCAAUGCGGGGCCCAACACCAACGGCUCGCAAUGGUUCAUCACGACGGUAGCAACUCCGUGGCUAGACAACAAGCAUACUGUCUUUGGUCGGGUCGUGAAGGGCGCUGAUGUUGUGCAGGCAAUAGAAAAGGUAAAAGUUGAUAAAAAUGACAAGCCUUUUGAGGAUGUGAAGAUCAUAAGCACGACCCUCGAAUGAGUUCUUUGCCUCGGGCCAGCUUCUUGAUAU